GCCUGUGUGGACCGCUACAGAGAGGUAACGGAGAUGCUGCUCUGAGGCAAGAGAACGAAGAGGAGACGGAGCUGUAGGGUUGGAUUCUAGGUUGGGGUCGAGGGCGUUUCAGCUGCUGGGAGGAUGUCGGCCAGCGCAGUGUACGUGCUGGACCUGAAGGGGAAGGUCCUUAUCUGUCGUAACUACCGAGGAGAUGUGGAUAUGUCGGAGGUAGAGCACUUCAUGCCAAUCCUAAUGGAUAAGGAAGAAGAAGGGGCGCUUUCACCCAUCCUGGCCCAUGGAGGAGUCCGCUUUAUGUGGAUUAAGCACAACAAUUUAUAUCUUGUUGCCACCUCCAAGAAGAAUGCUUGUGUAUCCUUGGUAUUUUCAUUUCUUUACAAAGUGGUCCAGGUGUUUUCCGAGUACUUCAAAGAGCUUGAAGAAGAAAGUAUCCGUGACAAUUUUGUCAUCAUAUACGAGUUGUUGGAUGAAUUAAUGGAUUUUGGCUAUCCACAAACAACAGAUAGCAAAAUCUUACAGGAGUACAUCACUCAAGAAGGACACAAAUUGGAAACUGGUGCCCCUCGACCACCUGCCACAGUCACAAAUGCCGUGUCCUGGAGAUCAGAGGGAAUCAAAUAUAGGAAGAAUGAAGUUUUCUUGGAUGUUAUAGAAUCUGUUAAUCUACUGGUGAGUGCAAAUGGCAAUGUAUUGCGGAGUGAGAUAGUUGGAUCAAUCAAAAUGAGAGUGUUUCUCUCAGGAAUGCCUGAACUUCGUCUUGGAUUAAAUGAUAAAGUGCUCUUUGAGAAUACAGGACGAGGCAAGAGCAAGUCAGUGGAGCUAGAAGAUGUCAAAUUCCACCAGUGUGUGCGCCUUUCCAGAUUUGAGAACGACCGAACUAUAUCCUUCAUACCCCCUGAUGGGGAAUUUGAACUCAUGUCUUAUCGUUUGAACACACAUGUGAAACCUCUGAUCUGGAUUGAAUCUGUAAUUGAAAAACAUUCCCACAGUCGUAUAGAGUAUAUGAUUAAGGCCAAGAGUCAGUUCAAACGUAGAUCAACGGCCAACAAUGUGGAAAUUCACAUUCCAGUUCCAAAUGAUGCAGACUCUCCUAAAUUCAAAACCACAGUGGGAAGUGUGAAAUGGGUCCCUGAGAACAGUGAAAUAGUGUGGUCUAUAAAGUCUUUCCCGGGUGGCAAAGAAUAUCUCAUGAGAGCUCACUUUGGCCUCCCGAGUGUCGAGGCAGAGGAUAAAGAGGGCAAACCCCCAAUCAGUGUGAAAUUUGAGAUUCCUUACUUUACCACCUCAGGAAUCCAAGUUCGUUACUUGAAAAUUAUUGAAAAAAGUGGUUAUCAGGCUUUGCCUUGGGUGCGUUAUAUAACCCAAAAUGGAGACUAUCAGCUUCGUACACAGUAAGAAGAGUCUUUUUGCAGUCAUCUAGCUAUACUACACAGAGCAAUUUAUUUAGAUGGGGAUCUGUUAUUAUACUCAAAUGGAUUGGUGAAGGAGAAGGCCAAACACAAACGUUCAUGGACAGUUAUUUUCUAUUGAAGCCUGGUUGCAGCUUAAUUGCGGAAUAGCAAAACGUGGCAAUGCUUUAUCACACAUGGUUUUGUAUGUUUUGCAGCACUUUUGCUCUCGGGCCAUCUGAUCAUGUAGGCAUCCACAUUAUCUAUUACAUAUUAUCAUAUUCCAGAUCCCUCACACUAAAAAAAAAAUACCAAGAAAAUGUAAGCAAUUCAUUUUGUGAAGGCAGGGACCAAUACAUUGUGAAACAUGUAGAAAGAAUUCUCAUAGAAGAAACUAAAUGAUAUCCCCUUUGAGAUUUAGCAGAUGGUUAAAAUGGACCAUGACGAGAUAUACAUACACACACUCAGAUGUUUUUCGACAUAUAGCUUUAGGUAAUCCUAAAACUGGAAGUUUUCUGUUGCGUUUUUGGGCUGUGCCUUGUCGGAAUGUUGACCAGUUUAAACCAAGAAACACAGCACCAUUUCUAUAUUGGCUUUAACUGGUAACUGUAGUGGAUCUCCAGUGUUAAGUUUCAAUUUGGUCAGCAUGUAAUGGUAUCUUCUCCAUGUCAUAAUUAACGAAUCAAAACAGAUAAUUGGUUAUGAGGAAUAUUACAAUGAUGGAGUUACUUCAUGCCCUCCGCUUUGUUUAGGCACAAAAACCCCAACAAGCUAAAUGUGUACAAUGUAACUAAAACAUUAGAUUGUCCACCACCAAACGAUAAAAAUCCCUUC